AUGGCAGACUCAUCAACCCCGUCUAAGCCGGUCCACACGAUCAUUCUUGAUGCCGGUCCGAUCUUGAAGAAUACCCCGCCUCUUUCCACAUUGCUCACACAAUGCGAGGAACUCCUCAUUACUCCGUCCGUCGUUCGUGAAAUCCGCGACCCUGAUGCUCGUUUGCGAGUCGAGACACUUUACUUGCCGUUUCUCAAGCAGCGAACACCCUCGCCGAAGAGUGUCAGCGUGAUCAGCGAAUUCGCUCGAAAAACUGGUGAUAGAGCCGUGCUCAGUAAAACCGAUCUCGAGGUUCUGGCGCUCGCAUAUGAAGUCGAAUGCGAGAGAAAUGGCGGCGACUGGAGACUGAGAAGUACCCCUGGCCAAAAACAGCUGAACGGCAAGCCGCCGGUGAAGGAGGAAAAGAAAGUGGAAGAGCCCGAGCAGGCGAACAUCGCAGAAACAACAGCAGACACAACAGGGACAGCAGACGCGGCAGAUGCGACAGAGACUUCGAAGGUGCCACAGGUUGACGGAGUUGCGGAGGAUCUGAGCAAGACCACAUUUGAAAACGACGACACUGCCGCUGAAGAACCAGCCCGCUCUACAGAAGACGUAGAAACUCCAGAGACCGCACAAGCCGACGACGGCGAAGGAGGUGCCGACGACGCUGAAACCGGAGGCGGGGACGAUGAUGGUUCUGAUUCUGAUGGUGGCUGGAUUACGCCUUCCAAUCUGAAGAAGCGACAGGCCCUUGAUGAGUCGAUCUCUGCGUCUGCAGCACCCGAGCCAAAGGUUAUGCAGGUCGCAACCAUGACCACUGAUUUUGCGUGCCAAAAUGUUCUGCUUCAGAUGAACCUCAACUUGCUCUCUACAACUACCCUUCAAAGAAUCCGCCAUCUCAAGUCUUUCAUCAAACGUUGUCACGGUUGUUUUUUCACCACAAAAGACAUGACCAAGCAGUUCUGCCCGCGCUGCGGUAAAGAUACCCUCACUCGUGUAUCUUGCACCACAGAUGCAAACGGACAAUUCAAGAUGCAUCUGAAGAAGAAUAUGCAAUGGAACAAUAGAGGCAACCGAUACAGCAUUCCCAAGCCCACCCACGGCAGUGCUAGUGGAAAGUGGAAGGGCGGCGGCGGAAAGGAUGGAUGGGGAACAGAGCUCAUUCUUGCUGAAGACCAGAAGGAAUACGUCAGAGCAUCGGUGGAGGAGAGUCGAAGGCUCCGCAAGGAGCGAGACUUGAUGGAUGAGGAUUACUUACCGGGAAUUCUGACUGGCGAACGGAGCAAGCAUGGUGGUAGACCUAAAGUCGGCGCUGGAAGGAAUGUCAACGCAAGGCGGCGAUAA